AUGCCUCCCCAGCCCUUUCGCUUCACGGAUCUCCCGAGCGAGCUCCGUAACCGCGUCUACAAACUGCUGCUCUGCGACGUGGAAGAGCCCGAGGACUCCUCCCAGCUGGAGGUUGUGCCCGAGCUCAUCGCCAGGGUCAAGCACAAUGUGCAGACGUCGAUCCUUGCCACGAACCGCCAAAUCCACGCCGAGGCAAAAGAUGUCCUCCAUAGAGAAAUCAAAUUCGUCAAGUUUGGAGCCACCAUGGAAAUACCAAAUAUUCACGUGUUGAAGUCUCUCAUCAAAAACAAAUGCGCCCCGGUCUUUACUAUGGACAGGACGGCGAUUGACAGAUUCAAUGGCCACGUCGUGUCCUACACCCUCGUGCAGCAUUUUACAGAGCUCCCCAAUUCCACCUUCUGCUGUCUGAUUUCUCACCGCGACCUUGAUCUCUUUUGUCGCGCCAUCGGCAAUGCGGAGACCGCAAUCCCGGGGUUCUGGUCGGAGGUCACCCACACCAUCACCGUGUGCGCUCCGUACCAAGUCCCCCUAUCUGCUGUUAAAAGCCAGCAAGAAAUGCUUCUCGCGCCGCUCCGUAGGCACCUCCGUGGGCUUCAAACCGUUCUCGUCCAGGGCGAGGUCGACGAGGCUCUUGCCACAGCCGUCGCUGAUCAGCUCACAUCCUACGUAAUCGAGGACCCUGAAAUACUUCUCGAUAGGCUGAGGGCUCUCAAGGCGGCUGGGACUGCAUAUUUCAUGCAAGGAGAUUCUCGAUUGUGCAGCGAGUCCUGGUCCAGGGCAUGCAUUGAGAUCAGGCGUGCCCGUGGUGGAGCCAUGUGGGCGACCCUCGCUUCCGUUCCUGAUUUUGCUAGGGACUUGACUGAGCUUUAUUUCGUCUUGAACCUGAAUCUGUCUCAGAACACCAUCAAAGAUAUGGAUGGGAGCCUGAACCACCCGGAACUUGCCCCGCGACAGGCAAUUACAUCGCUGCUCGCACUGCGCAACGCCUUUCACGGACUAGCUGGCUGUAAAAUGUAUUGGCAGCCCAGUGAUGAUCAAAUGGCAAAGCUCUGGUUUAGGAAAUCAAAGACCCACAGGCUUUCCAAUGAUUAUGCCGACGCUUUUGAGGCUAUCGAGCGUGCAGAAGACCUAUUGCCUGAUGAUCCCGUUAUUCAGGAAGAGAAGCAGAUUAUAGAGGCUAUGAUGUCCUAA